UCUCGCUCCGGCGCAGUCCACUCCCUCCCCUUGUUGGGACGGCCCCCCUCGCCCGGGCGGUCUGCCUUUCCUCGUCAUCUUAUUGCUGGAAGGGGCCCGAAUUUUCUGUCUUUUUCUCUCCUACCUCUCUGUGGCAUUCCCAUUACUUACUUCUCCCUCUCUCUUACAAAAAUAGGGGUGCCGUCUCUGCAUUAGUUUGAUUCCUCUCCUGUCCCCCCGGGGCGCCAGCUCAGGCAUGGACUCUGUCCUUUGAGAAUUUUCUAUUUCGUGGCUGUUGAAGGGCUCGUCGCAGGGAGAGGGGCACUGGACAGAGAUUCCCAUUUAAGAAUUCUUUUGGCUGGGAGCGUGAAGGGGGCUCACAGGAUCUAAAAUAUUAAUACUUCAGCUGAUCUGUACUGGGGUUAAAUUCCUACACUGGACACCACAAGAAUGUGUUAGAACAGGUUCCCUGUGCAAGGGGCGUCAAACCAAAAUGUUCCCACUGCCCUCUUCGCCACUUUUAAACUCCUGGGAGGGGGCAAAAGACGUAAUUGGGUUAUUAAUGAUUGAUUUCACCGUAUUUUUAAAAAUUACGUGCCAUUCUGAGCCUCCUUCCUGAGAAAUUAUACGUUUGCUCAAGUGUUUGGUUUGAUAACAUCUAUCCACUGAUUUCACCCCUUCCAAAGAGGGGGACUUAAGCUUCCCAUUCGUGUAUUUAAAUUGUUUAAGUGAAUCGGAGUGAGAUGGUUUACUCCGCAAGGUCCUGGACUUUAUUGUAGACUGAUGAUUGAGUUUGUACACAGAGUCCUACUUAGUAACUAUAGCCAUUGUCUGUUGCUCUGAUGACUUUAGUUGGCAGUCAUCGUCCUGGAAGAUGUUUUUUGGGCAACGUUACCUGAAGUAGUUUGGAAAUGUAGCUUUGAGUGUCGGAAGGCGUUAUCAAGAGAUGAUUCUUAGAGGAGGGCAAAUGUGGUACAAUUGGGUACUAAAAAUAGUCAAGACAUUAACACCAUUUGGGCAGUAAUCAUCAGAUAAUUUUCCAUGAAAGAAAUGCUUUAUGGAAAUCUAAGUUUAGCAUAGAGACCGUUGUACAGACAAUUUAGCCUUCUUUCACAGAGAAUGUAUUCACAAAUACGGGCUUUAGCUCCUAAAGAUACAUGGCAGUUAUGUAAGAGAUGUAUGCUAUCCUUGGCUUAAAAAAAAAAAAUCAUUCAGCAUAAAAAGUACUUAAUGCUUUUUGUGUUUUUCAGAUUCUCUGAAGUUACACCCAUCCCAGAAUUUUCAUAGAGCUGGACUAUUGGAAGAAUCUGUCUAUGAUCUUCUCCCAAAGGAGUUACAGUUACCUCCAUCUAGAGAAACAGCUGUAGCAUCAAUGAGUCAGACAAGUGGUGGUGAGGCAGGCUCGCCUCCUCCAGCUGUAGUUGCUGCUGAUGCUUCUUCAGCUCCCUCCUCUUCCUCCAUGGGCGGUGCUUGCAGCUCCUUUACCACCUCUUCCAGCCCUACCAUUUAUUCUACCUCAGUCACCGACAGCAAGGCUAUGCAAGUGGAGAGCUGCUCCUCAGCCUUGGGGGUAAGUAACAGAGGGGUAAGUGAAAAGCAGUUAACCAGUAACACAGUUCAGCAGCAUCCAUCAACACCGAAGAGGCACACAGUCUUGUACAUCUCACCACCACCUGAGGACUUGUUGGAUAACAGUCGGAUGUCCUGCCAGGAUGAGGGGUGUGGAUUGGAAUCUGAGCAGAGCUGCAGUAUGUGGAUGGAGGAUUCCCCCUCCAACUUCAGUAACAUGAGCACCAGUUCCUACAAUGAUAACACUGAGGUACCUCGUAAAUCACGAAAACGAAAUCCAAAGCAGAGGCCGGGGGUCAAACGACGAGAUUGUGAAGAAUCUAAUAUGGAUAUAUUUGAUGCCGACAGUGCCAAAGCACCUCAUUAUGUGCUUUCUCAACUUACCACGGACAACAAAGGCAACUCAAAAGCAGGAAAUGGAACAUUGGAAAACCAAAAAGGAACUGGAAUAAAGAAAAGCCCUAUGUUGUGUGGACAGUAUCCUGUUAAAAGUGAAGGAAAGGAGCUGAAGAUACUUAUACAACCUGAGACCCAGCAUAGAGCUCGGUACCUGACUGAGGGUAGUCGUGGCUCAGUUAAGGACAGAACACAGCAAGGCUUUCCUACAGUAAAGCUGGAAGGCCAUAAUGAGCCAGUAGUGUUGCAAGUGUUUGUGGGUAAUGAUUCUGGUCGAGUGAAACCACAUGGAUUUUAUCAGGCCUGCAGGGUAACUGGACGAAAUACAACUCCCUGCAAAGAAGUGGACAUUGAAGGCACUACUGUUAUAGAAGUUGGCCUUGAUCCGAACAACAACAUGACACUAGCGGUGGACUGCGUAGGGAUAUUGAAAUUGAGAAAUGCUGAUGUUGAAGCCAGAAUAGGAAUUGCUGGUUCCAAGAAAAAAAGCACUCGUGCCAGAUUGGUUUUUCGAGUUAAUAUCACAAGGAAAGAUGGCUCUACUUUGACACUGCAGACACCCUCUUCUCCGAUUUUAUGUACUCAACCAGCAGGAGUGCCAGAAAUCUUAAAGAAAAGCUUGCAUAGCUGUUCAGUGAAAGGAGAGGAAGAAGUAUUUUUAAUCGGCAAGAACUUUCUGAAAGGAACUAAAGUGAUUUUCCAAGAAAAUGUUUCUGAUGAAAACUCUUGGAAGUCAGAAGCUGAAAUCGACAUGGAAUUAUUUCAUCAGAAUCAUCUUAUUGUGAAGGUUCCCCCGUAUCAUGACCAACAUAUAACUUUGCCAGUGUCAGUGGGAAUAUAUGUAGUGACCAAUGCUGGAAGAUCUCAUGAAGUUCAGCCAUUCACUUACACUCCAGACCCAGCAGCUGGUGCUUUGAAUGUAAAUGUGAAGAAGGAAAUAUCUAGUCCGGCAAGACCUUGCUCUUUUGAAGAGGCCAUGAAAGCAAUGAAAACUACUGGAUGUAACCUAGAUAAAGUAAAUAUUCUUCCUAAUGCUUUGAUCACUCCACUCAUAUCAAGCAGUAUGAUUAAGAGUGAAGAUGUUACUCCGAUGGAAGUAACAGCAGAAAAGAGAUCAUCUCCUAUUUUUAAGACUACAAAGACAGUUGGAUCAACUCAACAGACAUUAGAAAAUAUCUCUAACAUAGCAGGAAAUGGGUCUUUUUCAUCAUCGUCAUCUUCUCACUUACCCUCUGAAAAUGAAAAGCAGCAGCAGAUUCAGCCCAAAGCAUACAACCCAGAGACCCUGACAACUAUCCAAACACAGGACAUUUCACAGCCUGGUACCUUUCCAGCUGUUUCUGCUUCUAGUCAGCUGCCUAACAGUGAUGCACUACUGCAGCAGGCUACACAGUUUCAGACAAGAGAAACUCAAUCUAGAGAGGUAUUGCAGUCAGAUGGUACUGUGGUUAAUUUGUCACACCUGACUGAGGCAUCACAGCAACAGCAGCAGUCACCACUACAAGAACAAGCACAGACUUUACAGCAGCAGAUUUCAUCAAGUAUUUUCCCAUCACCAAGCAGUGUGAGUCAGCUACAGAACACGAUUCAGCAGUUGCAAGCAGGAAGUUUUACCGGCAGUACUGCUAGUGGCAGCAGUGGAAGUGUUGACUUGGUCCAACAAGUUUUAGAGGCACAACAACAGUUAUCUUCAGUUUUAUUUUCUACUCCAGAUGGUAAUGAGAAUGUUCAAGAACAGCUUAGUGCAGACAUUUUUCAACAAGUCAGUCAGAUUCAAAAUAGUGUAAGCCCUGGAAUAUUUUCCUCAACAGAGCCAGCAGUCCAUACCAGACCAGAUAACUUAAUAGCUGGAAGAGCUGAAAGUGUUCACCCACAGACUGAAAACACAUUAUCUAAUCAACAGCAGCAGCAACAGCAGCAGCAGGUGAUGGAAUCAUCAGCUGCAAUGGUGAUGGAGAUGCAACAGAGUAUCUGCCAGGCGGCUGCCCAGAUUCAGUCGGAGUUAUUUCCUUCAACUGCUUCAGCAAAUGGAAACCUUCAGCAGUCUCCAGUUUACCAGCAGACCCCUCAUAUGAUGAGUGCAUUAUCUACCAAUGAGGACAUGCAAAUGCAGUGUGAAUUGUUUUCUUCUCCUCCUGCAGUUUCUGGAAAUGAAACUACUACAACCACCACACAGCAGGUUGCAACCCCUGGCACUACCAUGUUUCAGACGUCAAGUUCAGGAGAUGGAGAAGAAACGGGCACACAAGCAAAACAGAUUCAGAACAGUGUCUUUCAGACCAUGGUCCAAAUGCAACAUAGUGGGGACAAUCAACCUCAAGUUAACCUUUUUUCAUCUACAAAAAGUAUGAUGAGUGUUCAAAAUAGUGGUGCCCAGCAACAAGGUAAUGGUUUAUUCCAGCAGAGUAAUGAGAUGAUGUCACUCCAAUCUGGGAAUUUUUUGCAGCAGCCUUCUCAUUCACAGGCUCAACUUUUUCAUCCUCAAAAUCCUAUUGCUGAUGCUCAGAACCUUUCCCAGGAAACCCAAGGUUCUAUUUUUCACAGUCCAAGUCCUAUUGUCCAUAGUCAAACUUCUACAUCCUCCACUGAUCAGAUGCAGCCUCCAAUGUUUCACUCUCAAAGUACUAUGGCUGUGUUGCAGGGCUCUAAUGUUCCUCAAGACCAGCAGUCAGCCAACAUAUUUCUUUCCCAGAGUCCAAUGAAUAAUCUUCAAACUAACGCAGUGGCCCAAGAAGAACAGAUUUCAUUUUUUGCAGCUCAGAACUCAAUUUCUCCACUUCAAUCAACGUCAAACACUGAGCAGCAAGCUGCUUUCCAACAGCAGCCUCCAAUAUCACACAUUCAGACCCCUAUGCUUUCCCAAGAACAGGCACAACCCUCCCAGCAAGGUCUGUUUCAGCCUCAGGUGUCCCUGGGCUCCCUUCCUCCUAACCCAAUGCCUCAAAACCAACAAGGGACAAUCUUCCAGUCACAGCACUCAAUAGUUGCCAUCCAGAGUAACUCUCCAUCCCAGGAGCAGCAGCAGCAGCAACAGCAGCAACAGCAGCAACAGCAGCAGCAGCAACAGCAGAGCAUUUUAUUCAGUAACCAAAAUACCAUGGCUACAAUGGCAUCUCAGAAGCAACCACCACCAAACAUGAUAUUCAACCCAAGUCAGAAUCCAAUGGCUAAUCAGGAGCAACAGAACCAGUCAAUUUUUCACCAACAAAAUAAUAUGGCCCCAAUGAAUCAGGAGCAGCAGCCCAUGCAAUUUCAGAACCAGCCCACAGUUUCCUCACUUCAGAACCCAGGUCCUACCCAGUCUGAAUCAUCACAGACUUCUUUGUUCCAUAGCUCUCCUCAGAUUCAGUUGGUCCAGGGGUCACCCAGUUCUCAAGAGCAGCAAGUAACUCUCUUCCUCUCUCCAGCAUCCAUGUCUGCAUUGCAGACCAGUAUAAACCAACAAGACAUGCAACAGUCUCCUCUUUAUUCCCCUCAGAACAACAUGCCUGGAAUCCAAGGAGCCACAGCUUCACCUCAGCCACAAGCUACUUUAUUUCACAACACUACAGGAGGCACAAUGAACCAACUACAAAAUUCUCCUGGUUCAUCUCAGCAGACUUCAGGAAUGUUCUUAUUUGGCAUUCAAAAUAACUGUAAUCAGCUUUUAACGUCUGGACCAGCUGCAUUGCCAGAUCAGUUGAUGGCUAUAAGUCAACCAGGCCAACCACAAAAUGAGGGCCAGCCACCUGUGACAACACUUCUUUCUCAGCAAAUGCCAGAGAAUUCUCCACUGGCAUCCUCUAUAAACACCAAUCAGAACAUUGAAAAGAUUGAUUUGCUUGUUUCAUUGCAAAACCAAGGGAACAACAUGACUGGCUCCUUUUAACUGGUAUAAAUUCCAUGAAGAAAAUCCUGAUUCCAAGAUUUCCUGAGAUAUUGUGAUUCCAUGAAGAUUAAUGAACUGUUACUUUAAAAACAAAACGAAAUAUGAAAAACUGUGAUUGAGUAAACGGAUAGAUUUCACCCUUGCUGCCUGUUGCAGUGAUUAGCCACCAUUGUUAACAUGUUCAUAUUUUAUAUUCCUAAUAACAAUGAUGACUGAGAAUCUAUUUGAGUUUCCAGCUGACAGAAUUAAUUGUUGCUAUUUUCCUAGACACUAUUUCUUCAAAAGUACAGUUUAAACUUAAAAGCUGUAUUGCUCAGUUAUUAUUGCUAUUAGAAAAUAAUUCAUAUUGUCAUGUUUACUUUUGUUCUUCAUUAUUUUCUUCCCUGCAUUGUUUUAGUCAGAUAACAACUUCUGAAAAAGGAAAAUUCAAAUAACUAAGGCUGUGAUUUUCAAUAUAAAAAAAAACAGCUAUUGGCCAAAGUGAAGGAGUCUUUUUUCAGUUUUUAUAGAAAAACUGGAGAGGUAACAUUCUGACAAGUAAGCUGUAUUAAGAGCUCUACACAGAUAAGAAGCUUCUUUAUCACAAAGGCAGACAACACACAACUGGAAACAGCUGGAAUGCUAUUGAUUUUAUUUUUCAGAUUGUUGUUAAUUCUCUGCAUUUCUGGUGAGGGGUUCAGCCAUAACUGCAUAGAAAAAUAAUUAUCUUGCUCUAUAAAAAAUGAAAGGGAUAAUAUUAUGGUAAAUUAUGUUCUGAUAUCUUCCGGUAGCAGUUUAAACUGACACAGCAAUUUAAGUCUGUUUUCUUCUUAACCCAAGCUUGGACUGGUUGUUCCCUUUUUAUAUUCGUCUAUAUUAUUCCCCUCUUUUUCACUUUAUUUUAGAUAGUUGGUAAUAUAUUCCUAGCUUUGUGACCCUGUAGCAUCUUAAAGGAAAAGGCCACUUUGAUCUGGGGUAACCCAGCAAGUCCUGCAGCACAGGUGGGGCUGGGAGUACCUUUUUAGGAAUGGGGAGAGCUGAUUCCUGAGAAACAAGAAACAAUGCAUUUUUCCCCAUGAACGGUGCUGUUGUGAAGUCUUCAAAAUUUUCCCUCUAAUAGGAAACAGUGUAAAUUUUAAUUUUAAAAAGGCAAAGUAAAAUUUCUUGGAAUAUCACUUCUCCCUGAGCUGCAGAGAGUGUAAUUCACUUGUCACCUCAGUGCUUUAUAGUUUGAAGUGGUCACUUAUCUGAUGGUUCCCACAAACCUUAGGCUUUACAGGGUCAUGUCAUUGACUUAAAAUGAAGAAUUAACUUGUGUUACAUCUAUAGAGAGCAAAAUAACACACUCCAGAACUUGCAGUUGUAGUGUUAGUUAUACAGUUUUGGGUGUUCUCAUCACCCAUGGGAUGCCUGCUUCUCACUACAACCUGUUGUCUGGACACAUGCUUUGUCUUAUUUUUCUUUUGGCCUGUAGAAAGCUGGUAAUACAGUUUAAGGCCAAAUUGUGUGUGGCUUCUAUAUGUAGAUAAGAUGUUUCGGCCUUCUUGUCAGUUUCAUUUAUUUUUUAAGUGUACCAAAAAUAGCCUGUUAAUUGUUGAAGGCUACUUUUCUGUUGUUUUAUUUUUUUCUAUCCUAUGCAUUUAGUUGAACUUAGUGGAAUUGUGGUCUUGGUUUUGUUUAUACAGCCAGAUUUUUUCUCCCUCUUUGUGAUGAUCUUCCUUGGUUCUUUGAAUGUGCUCUUCUCCUAAUUUGUUUUUUCUUUGUUCUCAUAUAUUCUUCCCUCCAACCCCAACCUUUCUUUCUCUCUCUGAUUGAGAGGCAUUAAAUUACGUUUUCAGUAGUACAGGCUUCUUGCCGAUAUGAAGGGAACUUUUCA